AUGGGCUACGAAGAAGCGUCAAAAGCUUAUCGAGUGUACGACAUUGAGGCGGACCAAGUGGUGAUCAGUCGUGACAUCACCUUCGACGAAUCGACUUUUGAUUUUUCGAUGGACCGACCAAUUGACGAUGAUGAAGAUGCGGAGUUGGACCUCGACCUCCUGGCGAUCAACGAGGACGACGUGCGUCAAACCGUCUACAAGCAGACUGGCAAGCGCAAGAGUGAAGCAAGACCCGGCAUGUCACGUUCAGCUCGCUUUCGAACUGGGUUGGAACAAGCAAGUGCGCCGGAACACGUCUCCAACCGUCACCAGAAACGACGAUCAAGUGCUCCAGAAACGAUGUCUGAUGACGAAGAAGAUGCAAGCGUCUACGAUCAAGAUGACGACUCGACGCCUCCAACAUUUUGGCGUGCAAGUGCAAACGCAGUGGAAGCAACGGACCUAGCAGAACAUGUGACUUUUCAAGACGCAAUCAAUGGUCCUGAUCAAGCUCACUGGCGAAAUGCUGUGAAGGCGGAACUCAAGUCGAUGCAUCUUCGUGGAGUUUUCCGUGCGGCAAAACUGCCAAGAGGCCAAGGCGCGAUCGGCACCAAGUGGGUGUUCAAGAUCAAGCGCAAAGCGGAUGGAUCGGUCGAGAAAUACAAGGCGCGUCUCGUUGCCAAGGGCUUCAAGCAGAAGUACGGCAUCGACUACACAGAGACGUUCUCGCCCGUGGUCAAGUACGUGACACUGCGUAUGGUGAUCGCGAUCACCAAGUAUUUCGAAUGGCCACUGGCCCAAAUCGAUGUGGUGACAGCCUUUCUCUACGGAGUGAUGAAGGAGAAGGUGUACUGCGUGAUACCAGAAGGCGUCGAGAUGGAUGGCGACUUUGACUGUCUCGAGUUGGUGAAGGCGAUCUACGGUCUCAAGCAAGCUUCACGUGUGUGGAACGAGACUUUCGACGAGUUCGUAUGCUCUAUCGAUUUCGAAGCGUCGGCGUUCGACCCAUGUCUCUACAUCAAGGUUGUCGACGGUCACUGUGUGCUCGUGCUGGUCUACGUGGAUGACGUGUUGGUCACCGGCAGCUCGCUCGAGUUGAUUGCGCAGACGAAGGCCGACCUCAAGACGCGUUUGAGAUGA